GCUAGCGCCAACCAUUUGUGCGGAGGGCGGGGGCCAUCACCGUUACGGCUCCGAGUUUACCGUUUCACAAGUCCGCUACCGGGUCGGCCGCAUUAAUUCGUCCUACUGACAGGCAAGAACGGCAAGACAACGUGGAGGUCGGAACUAAAUGUCUUCCGGAAAGCUGGAUCAAGUCAAGACGGCUCUUCUUGCUUCUCCAUCUUUCUAAAAUGGAUCUCGACUUCCAUCUUCAAAAAGGCCUUGCCGUUGUUUACAAUCACACUUGUGCCAUCUUUACCAGAGCACACCCUUAUAUAACGGUAACCGUCCAAUAUCGUUGCCUACUGAUUUGAGUGUACUACAACAAUCCAUUGUGCCUGGUGGAUUUCUGCAACUUACACAGAUAUUCCCAGAAUCCCCUGCACCACGGCGGCCAGUGGUGAUCAACUAAAUCAACAUGAAAAUGUAUCAACACGCUAGGCAUUGCUCACCCGUACAUAGCCUUCAAAGCCAAUGGGCUUGUAGGCUACAAACGCCAUCAAGCAGCCGACGUUCCUUCGCCACCUGUCAACCCCUACAUGGCUCAUACGCAGACACUCUGUCGUUCCUUCGAAUCAACAGCAACACGCGAGUAAUCUUUCAGGGAUUCACAGGGAAACAGGCCACAGCAAAUGCUAAGGAUUCUUUAGCAUGGGGGACCAAGAUAGUCGGUGGUGUGACACCGGGCCGCACCGGAGAGCAUCUCGGCCUUCCCGUGCUACCCUCCGUCCGCCAGGCUAUGGAGCAACUCAAGCCAGACGCAACCGCCAUCUAUGUUGCCGCCCAUCAGGCCCCCGGGGCUAUCGAAGAGGCCAUCGAAGCCGAAGUGCCCCUUAUAGUAGCUGUCGCUGAGCAUAUUCCAGUUCACGACAUGCUCAGGAUCCAUUCCAUACUCAAGACUCAGUCCAAGUCUAGACUUGUCGGUCCUAACUCUCCCGGCAUCAUCUCGGCUGUAGGGAAGUGUCGUAUAGGGUUCCAACCAUUGCCAUGCUUUUCGCCUGGGCGGGUGGGUAUUGUAGCCAAAUCGGGCACUCUGAGUUACGAAACUGUGGCAUCAACAACCAGGGCGGGAUUGGGUCAGAGCCUGUGCAUAGGCGUAGGCGGCGACAUGGUACCCGGGACGGACAUGGUAGAAGCGUUGAGUGUCCUUGAGAAAGAUCCAGACACUGAGGCCAUCGCUUUGAUUGGCGAAAUCGGUGGAAUGGGAGAGCUUGAAGCUGCAGCCUGGAUCAAAGAAUACUACUCUCGCAGUGAAUCUCCCAAGCCAAUUGUUGGUCUUAUAGCCGGUGUAAAUGAAGCACCAGGCCGGAUCAUGGGACACGCCGGUGCUUUUACGUCCCUCAGGGAACCCACUGCAAAGGCGAAGAUCACAGCACUCGAGGAUGCUGGUGUGACCCUGGUUAAUCACCCAGCCAAGAUAGGCGACAUCUUGAAGACAAAAUUGCAAGGCACAGCUGGGUCCGGCACGACGAGCGGAUCCAAUCCUUUCGCGAGCGGCACGCAAAGGCGUCAGCUUCACUCCAUGAGAGGACCCGAACGGCGUCCCCUCGUGACCGGUUCAUCCGUCCAUAACAAGCACCAGCAUCAACAGCGACGGAGCAUCUAUCUCGAUGUGAACCCGUGCUUUGCUGAGCUCCGCGUCCGCGGCGGGAUCAACUGCGGCCCAUAUUCCGGCCACGGCACCCGCCGCCUCCUCGCUGUCGGCAUCGACCGCUCAGCACGCUCUCCUUCCAUCCUGGUCGCCCCUUCUAUCGAAGACUGGAUGGAAGAGGCCCAGCGCACCACCGCGCCAGUCAAGAGCUUUCCAUUUGACUACCGCCGGGGACCCGACGACUUGGCCAUCGAACGAAUCGCGAGCCACCUCCAGCUGAGCAACAAGGGUGACAGCGCGGUCGACUCACUCCCACGGCUCAUCAAGACCUUGACGAGGCUCUUCUACGAACAGGAGGGACUCCUCCUCACGACGCACAUCGUCGAGCGGCUCGGAGAGAUCAAAGUCGUCCAUGCCCGCUUUGCCUUCGACCAAGCCACCUUCCGCAACGGCACGCCCCAGGACAAGAUCAAGGCCAUGUAUGUCCGCGCCACCAAUGAGCCGGCCGCGAUCGAGGCGCAGCGGAGCGGCAUCGUGUACGUCAAGCUACCCGGGGAAGACGCGACAAUCGGAACGCUGGUGAACGGGGCCGGGCUGGCUAUGAACACGGUCGACGCUCUGGCGGACGUGGGCGGGAAGGCGGCCAACUUCUUGGACACGGGCGGCAAGGCGACCAGCGAAACAGUGAAAGAAAGCUUCAGGAUCAUACUGCAGGAUCCGCGGGUAAGGGUCGUGUUUGUGAAUAUCUUUGGAGGACUGACGCUGGGUGAUAUGAUUGCCCGCGGCAUCAUUAUGGCCUUCCGGGAGCUGUCGCUUACGGUUCCUGUUGUGGUGAGGAUCAGGGGUACGAAUGAGAAAGAAGGACAGAAGAUCAUUGCGGAUAGUCAGCUGCCGCUUUAUGCCUUUGAUGACUUUGAGGAGGCGGCGGCUAAGGCGAUUGAGUUGUCUCGCAGAUAGAUGCAUCCUUCUUGUACAAUCUAGUGCUGGUUUAUUUAUUAAACUUACUAUUGCGAGUACAUUGGAC